AUGAUGGGGGGCUCAACACUCACCAUGGCCGUGAUGGCGCUCUUUGCCUCGGCAGUGGCCAGAGAGGCCCAGGUGAAUAUGAAGCUAAAAGCAGAGCUUUACGACAGCGGCGUCCGGCAUGGGCAAAUCAUGGCUCUCAAGAAUAAAGUUUGGGCAGAAUUGGAUGAGCAGGGCGUUUACGACUCAACGCAGUACGCGACGUUUGACUCGGGUAUCGACUACGUCGCUUGCGAGGAUGGAGUGGCCUCCUAUGUUCCAGGCAACCCCAAGUACACGUUUCGGUGCAGCAACUUGGACCUCUACGAUUUCAAGACUCACUCGGAACUUGGGAGCUCGUCCGGACGCGGUGCAGGAUCGUGGGGCUGGACCAGCCCGGAGGAUCGGGAAUUUAUUGCCAUUGCACAGGAGGAUGGCACGUCAUUCUCCGAGGUCACAAGGCAGGGCAAGCUUGUCUACCUUGGUCGCCUGCCACAGUACACGACGGCCGCAGCCUCCCUCUGGCGCGAGAUCAAAGGCUACAAGAGCUACAUGGUCAUCGGCAGCGAGGCAGAGAAGCACGGGGUGCAGAUCUUCAACCUGGAAAAGCUACUUGACAUUGAUCCGGCGAAGCCUGUCGUCUUCAGCAACCAACACGACCUGGACGGGUUCUGGACCGAGGGGCUGCCUGUGGGACGCUCCCACAAUGUUGUGACCAACGAGGAGAGGAACUACGGCGUUGCCACCGGCUUCCAGCCCCGCAACGCUACACUCCGAGCCGGCCUAGUUUUUUUCGACCUGACUGACCCCACCAGUCCCAAGACGCUCGGCGGCACCGGCCAGGACGGCUACGUUCACGAUGCUCAGUGCAUCGUCUAUCGAGGCCCAGACACCAAGUACUUUGGGCGGGAUAUUUGCUACGGUUAUGACGAAGAUGCGUUGACGAUCUUUGACGUGUCGGAUAAGAAAAAGAUCCAGGUCAUUUCAAACACGUCAUACGACGGUGCCAGUUACACACACCAGGGCUGGGUCCUGGACCCUCUCUGGCAGCAGUACCUUAUCCUGGACGACGAAUACGACGAGGUAGACGAGGUAGGGCUGGCUGCCGACGGCUACCCAAUUUCUUACAUCUGGGAUAUCAGCUCGCUCGAGUCUCCCAAGCAGACUGGAUACUACAGAGGACUGCGGAGAGGCAUCGACCACAACCAAUACGUCAAGGACGGCUUCGCCUACCAGAGCAACUAUGCCCUAGGUAUCAGUAUCCUUGACCUCCGCUCUGUUCCCCAAGACCCGACAGGGAAGGGAAUCAAGGAGGUCGCGUACUUCGACGUGCAUCCCGAGGAUGACAACGCCCCGGGCGGAGGUCAGGUCACAUUUACUGGGACCUGGAGCCACUACCCCUUCUUCCCCAGCGGGUACAUUGUCAUUAACACCAUGGACCGCGGGGCGUUUGUUGUGAGGCGGUCUGUGUAG